ACUUUACAAAGGGUUCUGUGAGUAGCAUUUUGUAAUACAACUGCUAUAAAGCAAAUGUGUCUACUUGCUUUAUUUGGAAAACUUCUUACAGGGCCGUGGAUGACAAUGUUUUAUGUGUCAUCUGAAAAAGCAUAUUUUGAUCAUGUUGGUGGUAUCCAGAUUGUUAAAAAUGUUGUGCAAACAAUUAAAGACUGCAAAUGCGAUCCAGCUGCAAUAUUUUGCAGAACAACAGAUUUUUAUGGAAAUGCUCUCAAAGCAAAUGUGUUAGAACCAAUAACAAAAAUAUGCAUAAUUGAUGACGAGCUCAUUGCCAUGAUCUUGGCUUGCCUCAAUGCAAUAGAAGUGGUUUUAAAUCGACAGUAUAAACGCUAUUUUUCCAUUACCAUUACAGAAGCACUUGAAAAAGAAACAGCUAGUGCAAGACUUCAUAACAUAGUGAAGAAUUAAUGGGAAUGUUCAGUGCUGCAAAAGGAAGGUCUCCUAAUGCAUCUAUUGAUUAUAUAUCUUGCAAAUUACGAACCAAAAAGAAUGGGACAAUGGCUUAUCUGGAUAAUCUUGAUGACUUUUCUAGAAAAAUGGUAGUUCAGUGGUCUAUGCAGGCAGCACGUAGAAAACGAAUAAAAACUCGACUACAACAUUCUGAAAUUAGAGCUGAGAUUUCUAAAAGACAGACUAUAAAACGCCAAAAAAUCGAUGAAAAAGAAAAAAGAAAAUUAGAGCAACAAUUAACAUUAUUAACUUUCAGUGAAAUUCUGAAUUUGUUUAAAAACUUAUCUACUAAGCAAAUUGAUGAUUUAAAAGAUGUUAUGUGUGAAAGAAUUGUUGGGAGAAAUCUUUGCCAUGAAUGGUAUGAUUCCAAUACAGCAAUGACAGUCUUGUAUAAUGGCAGAAUAGAAAAACUUAAAAAAGCUCAGAAAGAUAUUAUAUACACUAUUUCUUACUGGACUAGAGAAGAAAAUGAUACUGAAGCAGUUGAUUAUUAUAUGAAAAAAUUCCAGCUAGUUGCUGACAUUGUAUCCGGUCAGAGGGGGAACCAUCUAUAACUAUCACAAAGCAUUGUGUGGUGUAUUUUGAGUUUUGGU